UGCGCCGGCGCCGCCAUAUUUGCUUUGGGUUUGUGGAUCAGGUUCGACGAGUACAUGAUGGACUACGUGAAGGGCCUGGGCAUGUACCACUACUGGGUGGGCACGUCGACCGUCAUGGCUGGCUCCGCCCUCGUCAUGAUCACCGCCUUCCUGGGCUGCUGCGGCGCCUUCUUCAGGAGCAUCCCCAUGGUCCUCACUUACAAGAUCAUGACGGUGGUGACCUUCGGGCUGCUGCUCGGGGGGUCCGCCUACGUGCUGGACAAUGGCCUGGAGGACUCGCGCAUCUACCCGUGGCUGCAGGAGGCCAUCAGGAACAAGAUCUACCAGUACCAGUGGGACGUCUCGGCCAGGAGGACCGUCGAUAUCCUUCAGGAAUACGUCGGAUGCUGUGGCGGUUAUUCUGCCAGUGACUACGGGAACAUACACUUACCUGUUCCGGACACCUGUCGAGACCAGGUCACCGGUAACCAGUGGGACUCCUGCGCCGAGAUCUUCCAGUACCUGGAAGUCCGCACCGGUUGGAUCGCCGGCCUCUCGCUCUCUCUGUGCUUCUUCCAGUGCUUCGCCAUGAUGUUCGCCUUCUGCAUGUGGCAGGCGCUGAAGGAGAUCCAGAAGGGACACUAAUCACAGACUUCGUCCGGUCAGAGGGAUUGAAGUAGAGAAUGCACAUGUACUACGUCUUUGUGUCCUUUGUCAGCGCCUAUAACAAGUUUCAUACCUCAUUGUUUUAUAAAUCCC